AUGACGAGUAUACCUCAGAACGGUAUCAGUCGGCCGUCGGUUGUCAACGGCUUUCAAACUUGCUGCACGAUAUUAAUUCCGUUCGUAUCGACAGUUCACGCGAGAAAAUACUUCUACCUAACGUUGUACGAUGCUGCCUACAAUUUAGUGACAAACAAUUUGCUCAAUAUAAUCUACGUGAUAGUCUUGUCUUUGAUAGCCGGCACCUUGGUCCUCUAUUAUUUCCUCUUCCAAGACAUAAAUCUAUUUGAGAAGCAUAAUAUACUGCAUGUGAGACCUCUUCCGCUGAUAGGCAACAAGGGACCGUUUAUUACGCGUAUGAUGUCAAUGGCUGAGCUCCUGAAGCAAUUAUACGACGUGCAUACCGAGGCCAAGUAUAUCGGUAUGUACUACACUAAGCCUGUAAUAAUACUGCGCGACAUUGAGCUCGUCAAGUCGAUCACAGUCAAGAACUUCGACGCAUUCAUGGACCAUCGCGUUUUCCUCCGGGGAGACCAAGACUCGCUGUUCGGUAAAAACCUCCUCUCUCUUCAAGGCGACAAAUAGCAUGAGGUGCGGGCUAUGCUGAGCCCAGCCUUCACG